AUGAUACAGCGAAUUUCUGCUGAGAAAGAAAAUGGACUAAAUCCAGAUGAGCCCAGGAGUUGGUGGACACCAGCACAUGCGACUCUUCGUCGCGGUUUCCUGUUUAUAAAAAGAGGUGAUACAGUUGCGCUACACAAGUCCAUCGAGCGCACUAGUAAAAGCCUUACAAAUAACGAUCCAUCACUUCCAGUUCUUGCUGUCGACGGCCUGGCAAUUUUGUAUGGAAGUUUUUCAAGUCUCUAA